AUGCCACGUAAAAUACCAAACGCGAAUCAAACAAAACCGGUGAACACCACUAACGCUACUCUGUUGAAAUUCUUUUCGCCCGUUCAAAAUGCGUCCAAGAAGGAAGAAAAAAUUUCACAUAGUGAUCCAAAACUUGCGUCGUUUUAUGCACACUUUCCACCCUUCGCCGCGAGGAAGACUGUGACUGUGGCACCUAUAAAUCGAUUUCAACAUCCAGUGUCACCAAAUUUUGACGAAUUGGUAUUUGGAAAUAAGCAAGGUACCGGCCCGAAUUCUCCCGAGCCUUGUGAACUAACGGAGUCACAAAAGGCAGAAGAGUCAAAAAGAUACCUCAAAGAAUUUUUUUCAAAAGUGAGACCGGAAUUACUUGGAAAACGCGGAAAGAAGAAUGUCAUAUCGAUCAAAGAGUUGAUGCAUCAGUCCGUUUUGACCAGAACGGGAAGUGCCGUGGACGCAAUGGAGGUCGACAGUGAUCCGAGUCACGUGGAAAAAAUGGAUUGGCUAAAGACGGGGAAUGAUAAGGCGACGGUUAAACGAGAGAUGACCGAAUUAUCGGUGGAUGACACGUUGAAUUUGCUGAAGGACAGAAGUAGAGUUUGGAUGAAGUUGCUACAAUUCGGGGAAAAUUAUCGCCCCGCCUACUACGGUAUUUUUCGUUCGUUAGAGAUGUGCGGCACCUGGACAAAAACUAGCAAAAGGAUAUCUGGGCGAAAUCCGUUUGCCAAAGACACUGAUAUUUUAGAUUACAGCUACGAUAGUGAGGCCGAAUGGAUAGAAGAUGAGGGAGACGAGUGCAAAAGCGACGAGGAGGAGAAAGAUCCGGAAGAUGAAGAUUCCCAGGACGAUGACUGGAUCGUGCCCAAUGGUUAUCUAUCCGAAGACGAAAUUCAAGAAUCAGACGAAUCCUUUUCAUCUCCGUCAUCACCACCUGUCAAGAAACCGAUGGGAAAUGAUAAGCCAAAAAUAAUUGAUGCAUUGCGCCCAGUGGUGAUCGGGCCGAUUUUUGAAGAACACCUCGGGGACUCGGAUCAUCAACUGAGUGAAUAUGGCACAAUGUUUCUAAAUGGUAACAAAUACGACGCAUUGUACCGUCACGUGACACAGGGACCAUGA